AUGGCAAAUUUGGCAUUGUUCAAUCUCAUUGUGUACAAUUUAUUGCAAAUUAAUUUACAAAAUGUCAUAAUAUUUCAUUGCUGGAAGCUCACAGCGCUUUAUCCAUUGGCCCAGCUAUUUUCGCAUAAUUCCAUAUUCUCGCAAUUUAUUUAUCUGAACCAGUCCCAUGAGAGUCUAGCUAAUUUUCACAAAGAAUAUUUGGAUAGCGAGCUGACCAAGCUGGGUGUCUUUUUGGACAUGAACUGUGCACACAGCGCGUUUAUAACUAAUCAAUCAAGUCGACAACGGAUCUUUACGCAUUAUUUCCAAUGGUCACUAUACGAUGAAACUGGCAACAUGACGCAGUUGGUGCAACAAUUUGAAAACGCAAAUCUGAGCAUUAAUGCGGAUGUUACUUAUAUUAAGCCAGCAAAGUUGCAUAAUGACAGCGUUUUUAUACUCUAUGAUGUUUACAACAAGGGCAGUCAUUUGGGUGGUAAACUAAACAUAACCAUCGAUCAGAGUGUUUACUGUAAUGAAAGCUCUUGUGUGCGGCAGCAUUAUUUGAGUGAUUUAUACAAGAGAACAAGAUUGCAACAGCGCAGCGAUUUGAGCGGCAUUACCUUUAGGCAUGCAGCUGUGGUAAGCAAAGUGCCCAUCAACUCAAGUGAGGACAAGCUGCUGGAGUUUUUGGAAAGCGAAAAUGAACCGCAUUGGGACUUUAUGUCGCGCAUGCUUUAUAAAUCGAAUGUGCAUCUACAGGAGCUGUUCAAAUUUAAUGUUAAAUUCCAUUGGAUGGAUCAGUGGAGCAUUAACGAUUAUAUAGGUGGUGCUAUGGGCGAGUUGGUUACGGAAGCUGCCGAAAUAUCUUCAACGCCUUUCGUUAUUUCACCAGCACGCUUGACUUAUAUAUUCCCAUUGACCGAUGUAACACAGUUUCGUUCGAUUUGCAUAUUUCGCACGCCUCACAAUGCGGGCAUACAGAUGGGCGUGUUUCUGGCGCCCUUUAAGCCAAGUGUGUGGCUAACCUUUGGCUGCCUGCUGCUGUUCUCCAGCCUGCUGCUCUGGCUUAUAUUUCGGCUCGAGCAUCGCUGGACGCAGCACUGUCUGCAGUACAUGCCAUCGAUACUGACGAGUUGCCUGAUUACCUUUGGCGCUGCUUGCAUACAAGGCUCCUACUUGAUACCACACUCGUCCGGCGGACGCUUGGCGUUCAUAGCGCUGAUGCUAACCUCGUUUCUAAUGUACAACUAUUAUACAUCGAUUGUGGUCUCCACGCUGUUGGGCUCGCCGGUGCGUUCAAAUAUCAAGACGAUGCAGCAGCUGGCGGAUAGCUCACUCGAUGUGGGCUUUGAAGACAUUGGCUUCACCAGAGUGUACUUGGAUAGUUCACCACGAGCGGAUAUACGCAGCUUGGUGCGGCAAAAAGUGGAGAAGCAUGACCCCAAAAGCAUUUGGCUAACAGGCAAGGAAGGCGUGCUGCGUGUUCGUGAUCAGCCCGGCUAUGUGUUUGUCUCGGAGACGACCUUUCUCUAUACUUUUGUGGAGAAAUAUUAUUUGCCACAUGAGAUAUGCGAACUAAAUGAAAUUAGUUUUCGUCCAGAGAGCGCACUCUAUGCUAUGAUACAUAUAAACUCCACAUAUCGGGAGCUGCUCAAGCAGGCCAUGGUGCGCAUGCUGGAGUCUGGCAUUACCUCCAAGCACAGACUCUUCUACAGCAAGUCCAAGCUGCACUGCUUCUCCAAUAAUUAUGUCAUCAAUGUGGGCAUGGAGUAUGCAGCGCCACUUUUUAUAGCUCUGCUUACAGCUUAUAUAGCAGCCAUAUUGAUUUUUGUCAUCGAGAUUGUUUGGGCCCGAUUGGGUAGGCGUCAACUACAGAGUGUAGAAUGAACUUAAGCAUAUUAUAUUCCGAAAUAUAAUAGCCCAAUUAGUCUCAUGACAAGUCCAUCAGUGACUGUCAGUA